GAAAGAGCAACUUUAUUGACACAAACCUUGUGGGAGACAAGCAGGGUUCGUCCUUCAGUGCUAAACAUAAAGCAGUCCCCACUGUUCAUCCGUAUCGUACUUGGAAUACGUGUUCUCUGAAGGAAACCACACCGCUCUGGAUCAUGGCGGCAAAGAUUUUGCCCGUAGUGAAACUGGCCGCUAAGGUGACCAUAGCAGGAGGAGCUCUGUAUGUCGCCUGUGACUCUGGUCUGCUGGGGGGCAGUGAGCAGGGCUCAGAGGCCCUGGAGAAGGCCAAGGCUGCAAUACCCCCCGCCAUACAGGAAUGGAUGAAGUACUUUGGCCUGGAGACUCAGCUCCCAGCCAUGCCGAAGGUGGAAUUCUCUCCAAUUCAGUCAUGGAAUUCUGGAGUACGGUGGACCAUUUCAUCUCUUUCGGAGGCUCCAACUAAGGCAACUGACUAUUCAAGUCAGGGUCUGCAGUACCUGAAAGACCUCACCAAGUGAACUGGAACUCUGGGCAACCAGACAUUUAUCCAUCGUUUUGACUCUUGCACUUGAAAAACAUCACUUCUUCAAAAGUUGUCGCCCCUCACAAGAAAAAAGAAAACCUCCAGAUAAAAUUAAGCCACGUGGAGUGUUGUCUUUUGAAUGGUUCAGUGGUUUUCUAAGUUCUAGCAGCAUUGGUUGUGAGAUACACAUUAAACAAAAACAGUAAAGUGUUUCUAAAAAGUUAAGUUAUUUGUGUAUACUAUAUCAUCCAAAUAAUGUAAUGAAGGCUGUCUGUUGUAUACACACAAUUUCACUUUGUGACUAAGUAAUACAGCAAUCUUAAAACAUGCCCUGUAUAUUUAUUAAAUCGAAGUACAACAAAAUACAUUCUUACAAUGGAAGUGUUUCAAGAACAAGACCAAACAAAUGUGCAAAAAUCUUUAUUACCCAUGACAGAAUAAUAAUGACACAUAUUACCUGUUGAUGCUGCUACAACUUCAGAACAGGAGAUGGUGAUUGAAGCACGAAGAAGAGCGUGCACAGUCGUUUGUAAUUCCACUCUACACAACACAGAGACACUCCACAGCACCACUAGUGGUGAUGUACAGUGUUAACCUUUUUUGAUUGAUAUUUUAAAAGUGCAUUUAAACAAACAGUACUAAUUAUGCCACACACUGUCACUUCUCCAAUGUCAAAGUUAAAUUUGAAAAUCUCUUGACACUGCUCAGAUGGUGCAUGCAGAGCUCCGACAGUUAAAAAUAACAGUAACGGUACACCUACUGAUUAACUAGUUUACUGAGGGAUACGCUGAAUGACUUGGAGAAGGUUGAGAUGAAAUCCAUACUGCAAGCAUACAUGUCAUGAUUGCAAGAAUACCAGACAGACCGAACAGACUGGAACCACAGUUAGCUACUGUCUACAAAGUGGUUUGUCAGUUAAUAACACCUGUUAAGUAUACAGGUUAUAAUUUAUGUAAAUGAAUGACCCUUUCAUUAAAGGGUGGUGGUGUGUCAGUGAGAUAUUCAUAUUGUGAAUAAUCACAACAGGCAACAUUACAAGGCAUUUAACACAAAUUGUACAGAUUAAAUACUGUCAUCUGAA